AUGACUGCUUUUGUUGUUAUUAUGCAGAAGCAUCCUGAAUGGAGUCUACUUGAUAUAUGCAUUGAGAAUGUAGGAGAAUUGAUACGGAUAAAUUUUGGUAAAGAGGUCAUAUAUGAGCUUGCAACAGGGGGUUUUGAAGACAUAUUGCAUCCAACUUUAGAUGAUAAGAUUAAUUCUUUCCAUAAAGCAAUAGAAUCUCUUGCAGUAGUGUAUAAGUCAGAAGAUUCACAAGAGGAAGAGCAUGUCUUUGAAAAAAAACUUUUAAGUUGGACCAUCAGAUUUCGAUUUUGGAUGUUUGUGGUGUCAUUCUAG